GUUUUCGAGAUCUCCAGCCGUACUUGGAAAUAACAUCUGCAACUCCGUCAAGAGGAAUGUUCCUGAUACUCCAGCUGUAGCCUGCACCGGCCAGUCUGCAGCGUAAUGGGCUCUGAGGAGCGAAGCUCCGCCAUGUCACAGAAGAUCUCCUCCCUGUCACGCAGCAACAGCAGUUCCUCGUCCAAACAUGACAGCCGACAGGACAGCUGGGAAAUUGUGGAGGGCCUGCGCAGAGGCUUCAGCAAUGUCCUGGAGCCACAGAAACAGGAGGGCUUCAUGCUUAAAAGGAGAAAAUGGCCCAUGAAGGGCUGGCAUAAGAGAUACUUUUCCCUGGACAAGGGCAUCCUGAAGUAUGGCAAGUGCAGUGCCGAUAUUGAGAAGGGGAAGCUUCAUGGCUGCAUUGAUGUGGGUCUCUCUGUCAUGGCCAUUAAGAAGAAAGCAAAGUGCAUCGAUCUUGAUGCUGAGGAAAACAUCUAUCACUUGAAGAUUAAGUCGCAGGAGCUGUUUGAUGAAUGGGUGUCCAAGCUACGUCAUCAUCGUCUCUAUCGGCAAAAUGAGAUUGCCAUGUACCCUAAUGAGAAGUCCUUCUACUAUCCCCAUUACCCCUCCCCCAACUCCCCUAGUAUGGCUGACAGCGCCUCUAUCAGAAAGUGCAUGUCUCUACGCCGACAGUCCACAGUGCCUUCUCCAGGAGCCUUUCCUUCAGGCUGCAACAGUCAAGCCAAAGUAGUGGCCUGGCUGCAGUCAUCUGAUGAUAUGGAUAAGUGCUCAAAAGACUUGUCAGUCUGUGAGGCCUAUCUUCUGGAUCUUAACCACCUCCUUCAGAGUAUGGAAGUCCUCCACCGCACCUAUUCUGCUCCAUCUAUUCAAGCCCUGCAGACAUCUACAUUUGACAGUCCCAAAAAGGAAAAGAGACUUCCAAGGAAAUGGCGCAGUAAGAACUACAACAAAGAUGCCAAAACGACUCUGCAGGUUCCCAGCUGCAUCUCCUCCAGCUCUGUCCGCCUCCAUGCCUCUAACCCCAACCUCUCCACCGCUGCCCUCGGCAACGACAAAGCCGACCCCGAAUCCCUGGAUGCAACUUUUGAUGUGGCCAGGCUGCAGGAGGAUUUCUGCCGUGUUGCCGCCAACUUGCACACCACAAUGAAGUCAGCCCUCACUUCACUAAUGUCUGAGAAAGAGAGAUUAAAACAAUGUCUGGACCAUGAAACCUGUCCUCCUACCUCACCGCAGGUUGUUGGCAUGAAGAAUGCACUGGCAACGAAACAGGACUCUGUGGAUGAAUCCCGUCCCCUAGUGCAUCAAGUAUCCAAUGAGAGCAGAGCUUCAAUCGCAGAGUCGUUGUCCGAGUUCUUUGAUGCUCAGGAAGUCCUGCUGUCUGCUAGUUCCUCUGAAAAUGAGAUAUCUGAGGAUGACUCAUACAUUAGCGACAUUAGUGACAACAUUUCUAUGGACAACUUCAGUAAUGAGACAGAAAGUGAGAGACCAAACUCAGGCACUGUCCUUUAUCAGCGUAGAUCCUGUCUGUCCUCACCAAGCCCCAACAACAGCACCAUCAGCCUGUGGAACAUCCUCAGGAACAACAUAGGCAAAGACCUGUCCAAAGUGGCCAUGCCAGUGCAGCUUAAUGAGCCACUUAACACCCUGCAGAGACUAUGUGAGGAGCUGGAGUACAGCGAGCUGCUAGAUAGGGCUGCUAACACACAGGACCCUUUUGAACGUAUGGUGUACAUAGCCACGUUCGUAGUAUCAGGUUAUGCAUCCAGCUACUACCGCACUGGGGGAAAGCCUUUCAACCCCAUCCUGGGAGAGACAUAUGAAUCUGACCGACCAGAUAAAGGCUUUCGAUUUAUUGCAGAGCAGGUCAGCCAUCACCCUCCCAUCUCAGCUUGCCAUGCAGAGUCUAAAAACUUCAUCUUCUGGCAAGAUGUGCGUUGUAAGAAUAAGUUCUGGGGGAAGUCGAUGGAAAUUGUGCCAAUUGGCACCACACAUGUAACCCUGCCUGGGUUUGGCGACCACUAUGAGUGGAACAAGGUGACGUCGUGCAUCCACAACAUUCUCAGCGGACAGCGCUGGAUAGAGCACUAUGGGGAGAUCUCCAUCAGAAACACCAGUAGUAACGUCUGUCAGUGCAAGAUAACUUUCAUUAAGGCCAAAUACUGGAAUUCAAGUGUGAAUGAGGUGGAGGGAACUAUCACAGAUCAGAAAGGAAAGGUCAUCCACAAACUCUUUGGGAAGUGGCACGAAGCAGUUUUCUGUGGAGAUCCGCCUUCAGCCAAGUGCAUCUGGAGAGCGAACGCAAUGCCUGUUGACCAUGAGCAGUACUAUGGUUUCACCAAGUUUGCUAUUGAGCUGAAUGAACUGGAUCCAUCCCUGAAGCUGCUGCUGCCACUCACAGAUACCAGACUGCGUGUGGACCAAAGACUGCUGGAAGAGGGGAACUUGGAGGCCGCUGAGGAGCAGAAACAGAGGAUUGAACAGCUGCAGAGAGAGAGACGGAGAGUCCUUGAAGAGGGCAACUUAACACAUGAACCUAAGUUCUUCAGGAAGUCAAAGGAGGAUACCUGGGUGAGCAACAACACGUACUGGGAGCUGAGGAAGGACGUUGGCUUUUCCCACAUAGAUUUCCCAACACUGUGGUGACCUGAACUAAGUGAUCACACACAUUUUGAAAAAACACACAGACUCUACUGUGAUCCAGGCUGGUUCUGGUGAUGCCUGUAUUCCAGUCGCACCAUCCACAUUCAGUACUGGUUUUCUUCAUUAGAGCUCAUCUAAAAGUUAUUGCCUUAAUAGCAAGUGCUUAUCUGAGUUGUGUAAACAUGUUUAUGCAAGUGUAUUAUGAGAAUGCUCCCUUACGCCCGCAAAUGAGGUACAAUCUCCCGGAAUCUGGAGCAAGCAAGCAAGAGUGCGCUCUAGAGAGUGUCUGCACGGGCAAUUUUUGCCCCUAAUUUCACCUGUUUAUGAUACACUGUACAACUUAAACUGGGAAAUGGAAAACUACAUGGUAUAGAGGACAACAAAUCCUUUUCAUAACUAGUCUCUGCUAGUUUAAAAGAACUGAAUAACUGGUCACUUUAGCUGCGAUCUCAUCAUGGACAUUCUCUACCUCUGAGAUAAACUAGCCUUGAUAUGCCAUUGAUUAAGUGUACACAUACAAUAUUUAUUCUGCACUUGCCUGAUGCCUUACUGGUUGUAUUCAUAUUAAUUAAUUUAUUUUUGUUGCAUCUUUUAGAUGUUUAAAAAAGGUAUGUUUUGUAAGGAAUUCUUAAGAACAGAGGAGUAUUGUUCACAUGAUCCUUACUGAGCCUUUUACUGCUUUUUGCUAUGACUACGUGAACAACUGUGUAACUAUGAGCAGCAGUAGCAAAUGUCAAAUCCAUCCGUUUUUCACUUUGUCCAAUGCACCAUUGUC